AGCUACCUAACACAAUGAAGUGUGCCCUCGUACUUUGGGCACUUAUACCCUUGGCUGCGGCCGCCAGUCUUGGACAAACUCAAGGAGCUGCUGAACCAGCAGUGUCAGCCUUUGUUCAAUCUUUGCAUCAGAUGCACAGAGGGCCACCAGCUCGGGAAAUCACAACUCGCGCCAAUGUGCAACAAGGCUGGAUCAGUCAAAAGCUGGAUAAUUUCGAUGCCAAUAAUACAGCAAAGUGGUACAAUCGCUAUUUAAUAAACGAGGACUACUUUAGGAGCGGUUCACCUAUUUUUAUAUAUCUUGGUGGCGAGUGGGAAAUCGACGCAAGCUCUAUUACAUCAGGACUUUGGGUGGAUAUUGCAAAGGAACAUAAUGGCUCCUUGCUAUAUACAGAACAUCGAUUCUUUGGCCAAAGUAUUCCAAUAAAACCACUGUCAACAGCAAACCUAAAAUAUCAGAGUGUGCAGCAAGCCUUGGCGGAUGUGAUAAAUUUAAUUAAAACUCUAAAGACGCAAGCUAAGUACAAGGACUCAAAGGUGCUUGUGUCCGGUUGCUCCUACUCGGCCACCAUGGCAGUUUGGAUUAAGAAACUGUACCCCGACAUUAUUUUGGGCAGUUGGGCGUCAAGUGCGCCGUUAGAUGCCAAAGUUGACUUCAAGGAUUAUAUGAGAAUUGUAGGCAAAGCAUAUCGACAGCUUGGCAGCGAGGAUUGCUAUAAUCUAAUUGAUAAUGCCACAGCUUAUUAUGAGGACUUGUUUGACGAAGGAAAAGGCAAGGAGGCUAAGAAGCUUCUAAAUCUUUGUAGCAAUUUUGACGUCAACAACGAAAGAGACAUUUGGCAAAUCUUUAGCACCAUUGCAAAUAUAUUUGCAGGAUUUGCGCAGUACCAGAGCCCGGCAAAUAAGGAUCUUCAAGGACAUUGCAUCAAUCUGCGCUCUAAGUCGGACGAUGAUGCAACUGCUCUGUCCCUGUUCUUGCAAGAGAAACUAGAGUGGCCAUCAUGCGUUAAUACUCGAUACCAAGGAUCAGUUGACUAUUAUUUAUGGGCCCAAGCAAACAAUGACAAUUCUGAUAUUCCUUGGACCUAUCAGACCUGCAGUGAAUUUGGCUGGUUCCAGGGCUCCGGCAGCAGCAGACAGCCGUUUGGUUCUUCCUUCCCAUCCACGCUUUAUACAGAUAUUUGUCAUGAUGUCUUUGGCGCGAAUUUCACGCUACCAAAAAUUCAAGGAUAUAUAGACGAUACGAACGCUGAGUUCGGUGGUAUUUAUCCAAAUGCUCAAAAUCUUUAUAUGACUCAUGGCGGAUUGGACCCAUGGAGCAAAGUUGGCGCUGGUGCGCUGCAAGGUGCAACAAUCAUACCGCAACAUUCACAUUGCUCUGAUCUGGGUUCCAUAAGGAAAUCGGACAGCGCAGAGCUGACUGCAUCUAAGAAAAAGGUGAAGCAGCUGGUUCGUCAAUGGCUUCAACAGUAAUUGCUACUGAUUGUCUAAUAUUUUUUUUUUAUACAAUAACUAUUUUAUUCAUCUAUAUUAUACCAAGUGGCCACUGAUAAUAAAGCAAGCAUUUACUGAAGAUC